AUGAAUAUAUUCGAUCUACUCCAUACCGAAGAGCUCUCCCCGAACGCGCAGAAAUCGCUUGAAGAACUAUCCCCAUCGUUUGUCGAGAGCCUCUCCUUUGAACAGGCUCAGAUCAUCUUCAAGGCUACAUCCUGGUUCGACAAGCAGUUCAAUGGAACUAAAACUCCUCGGGAGUUUCAGCUACAGUCUACUGUAGCUACUCUAUCUGGCCAGAACGUUGUUGUCCGCGCUGGAACAGGGUAUGGCAAGACAAUGGCUAUGAUACUCCCUCUGCUUCUAGGCGACCAGUCCAAGAUAGCGAUCACUAUCUCACCGCUCAAACUGCUUCAAAAAAAUCAUGUUCACGAAUUUGAGCAAUAUGGGAUCAAGACCAUUCAAAUCAACGAGGACACACCAGAUGAUAAAAACCUAUGGAAGGAUAUUGCCCAGGGAGUGUACAAAAAUAUCCUUGUCGCCCCCGAGCAAUUCUUUCGAAACAACGGACACCUACCACGCCUCGCCUUCAUCAUGCUCACGUCGCGAGCUUUCGUGAAGAGCAUCGGCGUUCUUAACUGUGACGAAGCCCACAUGAUCCAGAUGGCCGGUCUACCUCGUUGGAGUGAAAGCCGAGCGCAGCCAGACGAGCGCGAAGGAUCUGCUUCUCAGCGAGCUUUGCAUUCGUACGCUUGA